CAGUUCUUUUUAUAGCUGGGAAGCUAAAAUGUGAGGGGUCACAAUGGGAGGAUAAAUACAAGGGCCAGCGGGCUGGAAGGGGUGUCGCAGACGAAGGCCGGAUCUUCUCCCUCCCUCUCUCUUCUCUCUCAGCUCUCCUCCUCACCUCAAAGAGUCAGGAUGCCUCACGCAUACCCCUUCCUCACUCCUGAGCAGAAGAAGGAGCUCAGUGAUAUUGCUCAGAGGAUCGUCGCUCCCGGCAAGGGAAUCCUCGCCGCAGAUGAGUCCACUGGCAGCGUUGCCAAGCGCUUCCAGAGCAUCAAUGCUGAGAACACUGAGGAGAACAGGAGGCUGUACCGCCAGCUCCUCUUCACCGCUGAUGACCGCAUCAGCCCUUGCAUUGGUGGCGUCAUCCUCUUCCAUGAGACCAUGUACCAGAAGACCGACGAUGGCAAGCCCUUCCCCCAGUACCUUAAAGAGAGAGGCAUGGUGGUGGGCAUCAAGGUUGACAAAGGUGUUGUCCCCCUGGCCGGAACCAACGGCGAGACAACCACCCAGGGUCUCGAUGGACUGUAUGAGCGCUGCGCCCAGUACAAGAAGGAUGGUGCUGACUUUGCCAAGUGGCGCUGUGUGCUGAAGAUCACCCCCACCACUCCCUCAAGACUGGCCAUCAUUGAGAAUGCCAAUGUCCUGGCCCGCUAUGCCAGCAUCUGCCAGAUGCACGGCAUUGUCCCCAUUGUGGAGCCUGAGAUCCUCCCUGAUGGUGACCAUGACCUGAAGCGCUGCCAGUACAUCACUGAGAAAGUCUUGGCUGCCGUCUACAAGGCACUGUCCGACCACCAUGUCUACCUGGAGGGCACCCUGCUCAAGCCCAACAUGGUUACCCCCGGACACUCCUCCUCACACAAGUACAGCAACCAGGAGAUUGCCAUGGCCACUGUGACUGCCCUGCGCCGCACUGUGCCCCCUGCAGUCCCUGGCAUUACUUUCCUGUCUGGUGGCCAGAGUGAGGAGGAAGCCUCUAUCAAUCUGAACGCCAUGAACCAGUGCCCUCUGCACAGGCCCUGGGCCCUGACCUUCUCAUACGGCCGUGCCCUGCAGGCCUCUGCCCUCAAAGCAUGGGCCGGCAAGAAGGAGAAUGGAAAGGCAUGCCAGGAUGAGUUCAUCAAGAGGGCUCUGGCUAACAGCCAGGCCUGUGUGGGCAAAUAUGUGUCUGCUGGAGGCAGCACUGCUGGCGGAGAGUCACUGUUUGUGGCCAACCACGCUUAUUAAGCAUGGACACUCACCUUUACACUUUCCACCUUCUCCCCGCCACAUUACGUCACCAUGGAAACAUCCUCGUUGGCUCCACCUAUGAAACUGCUACUGAACAACAGCCCUUCAAUAGCAUAUUGGUAGAAAGUGAAGGGGGGGAAACUUCCACUUGUGUUGUUGGUACAGCAAGGAGAUUCGGAAAAAAAUGUUCUGCCUCCAUUCCCUUACCUUUUAUUUUUAAAAACUUUUUUUCAGGUGAAGAUUCCCACACUCUUUUUACAUGACUUGUACUAUUUUAUUCCUUGGUCUGAUUCCAUCAAGUGCAGUAUAUGUUUUAUACUGGUACCAUGGAAUAAAGUCUUUACCCUAA